CUGGUUCCAUUCCUUAGCUCUUUUGUCUUAUUUGCUACUGAUUUAAGGACCAGAUCAGUACUUGUCUCAAGUCCAUUACGAAACAACAAAAAGGACGAAAAAGCAUAUCUGGAUCAAGACUUUUUAGCUGAAAUUCAACGGAAGAUUGCCUUAAACAAGCAGAUCUUACGAAAACAUUCGUUAUCGCACAUUAAAGCACGUGAGUUAAGCUCCUCAAUCGCUAAUCUUCGCAUCUCCAUGAAUAGUGCACAACAAAAGCAACGGGAAGCAUUUGACGCUCAGGCAAAUUCUAUAGCUAACAUUCCGUCUCACGUAUCGAUUGAGAUUCUGGGCAAUGGGACCUGCCACAUGCGACCAUGUGUAGCUUUGCGCACACCACUGAAAACUUACCUGUUCAACUGCCCAGAAGGGGCUUCACGAUUCUUACCUCAGCUUCGCAUGAAGGCCAUAAAUGUCAACGACAUCUUUAUCACGCGGUCUACAUGGGAUAACAUCGCUGGAAUAUCGUCAAUUCUGCUAUCGAAGGAGUCAAAUUGUUUACCGACACGACUCCAUGGUGCGAUGAACAUCAAACAUUUCUUGGAAUGUAUCCGUCCAUUUCAAGAUUCUGAUUAUGGAUCUGCUAAGUAUCCAUCUCAGGUAUAUUCCAGUAGCUUCUUCGAGAUAUGA